AUGGUGUUCAGGUCCCCGCUAGAGCUUUAUCCCACCCAUUUCUUCUUGCCAAACUUCGCCGCCGACCCGCACCACCGCUCCCUCCUUCUCGCCAGGGUGCCGCGGGAGGAGACUGGAGACAUAGAGAGGCUGGGGAGGUUCCUCUGGUCGCUGCCGGUGGCGCCGGGGGCAUGCGAGGCCAUCAACAAGCACGAGUCCAUCCUCCGCGCCCGGGCGGUGGUGGCCUUCCACACGGGCAACUUCCGAGACCUCUACCACAUCCUGGAGAACCACAAAUUCACCAAGGAGUCCCACGGCAAGUUGCAGGCCAUGUGGCUCGAAGCGCACUACCAGGAGGCCGAGAAGCUAAGGGGUCGCCCUCUGGGGCCGGUUGAUAAAUACAGGGUGAGGAAGAAGUUUCCGCUGCCCAGGACCAUUUGGGAUGGCGAGCAGAAGACGCACUGCUUCAAGGAGAGGACUCGCAGCCUCCUGAGGGAGUGGUACCUGCAGGACCCUUACCCCAACCCCAGCAAGAAAAGGGAACUGGCUCAGGCCACGGGGCUCACCCCCACGCAAGUAGGCAACUGGUUCAAAAACCGAAGGCAAAGAGACAGAGCAGCGGCGGCUAAAAACAG